CGAGAGAUGUCGUCCUCACUACACCUGUGCUGCCGCCUCCUGGACGGACGCGACUCCUUUGCAGCGACGGUGCUAUAAGUGAGCGGACGGCUCAUGAGCCCCACUCCGAGCGAGAGGAACCACACGCACGGAGCGGGAUGGCGAGGGUCGUACAGCCGCACCUCCUCCUCCUCCUGCUGCUCGCGGGGCUCUUUCUGGCGUGCACCAUGACGGUCCGAGCGAGCAGAGGCGCGGCGUCGCCCGACGAGGAGAGGGACCGGGACCGGGACAGGGAGACCGACGCGGAGGCUCCGUGCGAGGUGAAAGCCGUGACCGUCUCCACGCUGCCCGUGCUCCGGGAGAACGAGUUCAGCUUCACCGGCGCAGCCCCCGGCAGCGCGGUCGCAGCGGGGGGCGCCGCUGGAGCAGGUGUCGGUGGUGGAGGAGGAACUGGAGGAGGCACUGCUGGUGGAGGAGGAGGAGGGGGGGAAUCCCGACUCCUGUUAUUCGUCAGGACAGAUCUACCUGGGCGAAUUUCCGUGAUGGAUGAUCUUGACAACACAGCUCUCCCUUACUUCACCCUCGAGAUGUCGGGCACGGGGGAAGAUAUUUCCCAGGUGCACUGGAAGCAGCAGUGGUUGGAAAACGGCACGCUGUACUUCCAUGUGUCCAUGACCGAGUCGGAGGUCGUGGCCCAGACGACGCAGCCCUCGGCCCGGGAGCCCGCUCACGGCCUGCAUGAGCACAUGCACCUGCUGCACAUAUCUGUCAUGGGAGGCCUCAUUGCCCUCCUGCUUCUGAUUCUCCUCUUCACGCUCGUCCUGUACACCCGCCACCGGUGGUGCAAGCGCCGACGCAUCCCCCAGAAGAGUGCCAGCACCGAGGCCACCCACGAAAUCCACUACAUUCCCUCCGUCCUGCUCGGGCCGCAGGGCCGCGACAGCUACCGGGGCUCCCGAAGCACGCACCAGCACGGGAACUCGGUCAUCGGCAUGCCCAUCCGGGAAACCCCCAUCCUCGACGAUUACGACUGUGAUGAGGACGAACCGUGCGGACACUCCAUGAACUCCACACCCAACCAACUCCACGGCAAGCUGAGCGAUGGGAAGGCCCAGGAGGACUACGGCGUCGGCACCGGCGGGCACGCGGACGUCAUGUGCAAGGAAAACGAGAUUAAGCAUAACUUUGAAAAACGAGCCAUUGACCCAAACACGGAGUCAGUAGAGGAUUUGAUGCAGAGGUUCCAGGACAGUUUCCGUGUUCCCAACACGCCAACAAACAUGUCUCACUACCAGCACGUCAUUCACAGCUCAUCGACGGGCCGCCGCAGGGUCCCCAGCCACACCAGAGCACCGGGAGGUGUGUUUGGCCCUCAGGGGGAAUCAGGGUCCGAGCCUGAGGAUGACAGCCAAACAAAGUUUUACACAGAGCAGCACAGAGGACGAAGGCGCAGCAAAGGCCACUCACACAGUCCCCUGAAUAAGGUGACCCUCACGUUGAUUACCAUCAGCACGUGUGUCAUCGCCAUUGUCUACGCUACGCAGGAAUCGUGCCCCCUCACCGUCAAGGUUACGCUCCAUGUACCUGAGCAUUUCAUUGCCGAUGGGAGUAGUUUUGUGGUGAGCAUGGGCAGCUUCCUGGAUGUUUCUAAUUGGCUAAACCCCGCCAAGCUAACCCUCUACUAUCAGACCAAUUCAUCCACACAGUGGGUUCUGGACAACUGCGGCCAGAGGACCACUGAGCCCUGCGAGCAGAUCUGUGAUCAGGACACAGGAGAAUGCAGCUGUCAUGAGGGUUACUCCACCGAUCCUGUCCACAAACACCUCUGUGUUCGCAGCGACUGGGGUCGGAACGAAGGUCCUUGGCCAUACGCCAACCUGGAGAAAGGUUAUGACCUGGUCACAGGGGAGCAGGCCCCCGAGAGGAUCUUCAGAUCAUUCUACAGUCUGGGUCAAGGGUUGUGGCUGCCAGUCAGCAAGAGCUUUGUGGUGCCACCAGUGGAGCUGUCAAUCAACCCCAUCGCCAGCUGUAAGACAGAUGUGCUGGUUACUGAGGAUCCAGGAGAGGUCAGGGAAGAGGCCAUGAUGUCGACUUACUUUGACACUGUAGAAGACCUCUUGGCAUCUUUUGGGCCGGUCCGAGACUGCUCCAAAGAUAACGGUGGUUGCAAGAAGAACUUUAAGUGUGUGACUGACAGACAGUUGGACUCAUCCGGCUGCAUGUGUCCUGAGGGGCUGAGGCCAAUGAAGGAUGGCUCAGGUUGCUAUGACUACUCCAGGGGCAUUGACUGCACGGAUGGCUUCAAUGGAGGCUGUGAACAGCUGUGUCUCCAGCAGCUUGUGCCCCUUGAAGAUGACCCUGGUUCCAGCAACGUACUCAUGUUUUGUGGGUGUGUGCAGGAGUACAAAUUGGCAGGCGAUGGGCGCUCUUGCCUCUUGCUGUCAGACAACUGUGAGGGACAAAAGUGCCCCAGGCAGGAUGUUCACUUCAAUGACACCCUGUUUGUUGAGAUGCUACAUGGAUACAACAACAAAACCAAGCAAGUCAACCUGGAACAGAUAUUCCAAAUGACCUUCCGGGACAACAACUUCAUCAAGGACUUUCCCCAACUGGCCGACGGUCUGAUGGUCAUCCCCUUACCAGUAGAGGAACAAUGCCGCGGGGUGCUGUCCGAGCCACUGCCCAACCUGGCCCUGCUCACAGGCGAAGCCCAAUUCAGCGAGGCAGUGGGCUAUCCUAUGGUUCAACAGUGGAGAGUGCGCAGUAAUCUGUACAGAGUCAAGCUCAGCUCCAUCACCUUAUCUACAGGCUUUUCCAAGGUGUUGAAGACGCUCUCAGCUGAGAGCACACGAGAGGAGCUGCUGGCUUUUCUCCAGCAAUAUGGCAGCCACUACGUAUCCGAGGCCCUGUACGGAUCCGAGCUCAGCUGCAGCAUUUACUUCCCGAGCAAGAAGGCCCAGCAGCAGCUCUGGCUGCAGUACCAGAAAGAGGCAACAGACCAGGGGGUCGGAGGAAGCGGGCGGCGUGAACUGAAGUCGGUUCCCUUCAUCAGCUACCUGUCGGCCCUGCAGAGGAGCCAACUGUUGUCCGACGACAUGGUGAACGGCGUGGAGAUCCACUGCGAGGAGAAGGGCAGUUGUCCACCUGGCUGCCACCUGUGCCACCACCAGGCGACGACGGGAGGAGUGUCCGGAAGAGGCCGCACUGGCAACAGCAGGAAUGGUGAGCAGCCUUCCCCGGUCCCUGUGCUAUUGGAAGUCAGCCGCGUGGUGCCCCUCUACAGCCUGGUCCAAGACAACGUCACCAAAGAGGCCUUCAAGAGCGCCACAAUGAGCUCAUACUGGUGUGCUGGAAAGGGCGAUGUCAUUGAUAACUGGUGUCGCUGUGACCUGAGUGCCUUCAGCAAGGAUGGCCUGCCAAACUGCAGUCCCCUCAGGCAGCCAAUUGUACGCCUGGCCCCUUACCUGGAGCCCUCAAGCACCAUGGUAGCCGUGGAGUGGAUGGAUGUGGAGCCCGUGAUUGGCUGCAAAGUUUCUGACUACAUGAUCCAGCAUAAACGAGUCGAGGAUCCCUCAGAGGCAGAAGUCUAUACAGGUGAAGUUCUGAGCUUGGUGGAUGAUCUGUUUUCUGGUUUGGGUUCGUCCUGCGUCGUCGCUGGGAAGAGGACCGGAGACCAUCCUCACUCGGUGUUGUACUCAGUGGUCUUCAAGUGCCUGGAAUCCGACAGUCUCUACAAGUUUACCCUCCAUGCAGUGGAUAGCCGAGGCAGCCUCUCUGAGUCAAGCUUUGUCUCAGUAAGGACAUCCUGUCCAAUGGUGGAUGACAGCCGAGCUGAAGAGAUUGCAGACAAGGUGUACAACUUGUACAAUGGCUACACCAGCGGCAAGGAGCAGCAGAUGGCCUACAACACACUGAUGGAGAUCCCGUCCCCGCUGCUGUACAGAGUCCAGCACCACUACAACUCCCACUAUGAGAAGUUUGGAGAUUUCGUCUGGCGUAGCGAGGAUGAGCUGGGCCCAAGAAAAGCCAACUUGAUUCUGCACAGGGUGGAGAAGAUCAGCCACUACUGCCGGUCCCUCCUGCGCAGCACCCACAUCCAGAGCCGCACCGACACCAUGGCGUACGUCUACUGCCGUGGUGAAGAUGGGCGAACUCCCAGUAACACGUGGCAUGGCUCUUUACAUGAAAGUCGCACCACCUGCAUGGAAAAACUCAUUUCGGUACAGCGUAACACUUACAGCAUCACUAAACUGCGAUGAGACAGGCGUUUGGAGUCCGCAGCGCUGGGGUUUUGGUUCUGGUUUUGUUUGCAAAAAUGACAUCAGUGAAGGAUGAACCUUGUCACCCGCUCUGCAGCAAGUGUCUCUCAAGUGACUUGCAGUGAUUUUGCAAGCCGAAUUUACUGGACAUUGUGUUAAGCUACCAAAAAAAACAUAUUUUUGUGUGGCCUACUUUUAUUGUAAAACAAAGAAGAAGAAAAAACUGGAGAAAAAUGCCAGUGAUUGCACACUUCAAUGAGAAACUUCAGUGUGAAAAUGUAAUAUAUAACUCAGCCAAGAGACCACUGGUUGGUUUUAAGUACUUUGAAUGUAAAAUUGUAGUUCCUUUUUGGAGCUUUGAAGCUUACCUGGAAC